AUGAGUGACGCUACUAGCCCUCCUUACAUAAACAUAGUUGUAUCAAUUGGUUUAGCCGCAGUAGCAUUAAAUACCAUUGGUUCUAUAUAUGUCAUCUACAGAGCAUUCAAUCGAUGGAUAGUGACAAAUAGACCUUUAUCAAUGUCUUUCAGAGUUCCCAUGUAUAUCGCGAUUACUGUAUUAACCUCAUUAAUACCUAUUAACUCACUUUCUAUCUCUGUUACUCAGUCAUACACGUUGAGCCAUGGUGAAACAUUUCAGGGUAUUGCCUGUAAAGUGGUUGGUGGAUUAUCAUUUUUCGGUGUCUCGAAUAACAUGUCCUUAGUCGGAUCUCUAGCGCUCCUAACUUACUUUCGAACAUGUCAAAAAUGGUAUAUCGAUCUGGGAAAAUACGAUUAUAAAUUAUUUGCAAUUAUCUCAUUAGUAUCCUUUAUGCUUACUUUGAUCGGUGUUCCAAGCUUUGGUCCUAGUGGAUACUGGUGCUAUACUAAUCAAAUUAAUCCAACAACUCCUAUAAUAGUCAUUAUUCUAACUUUCACGAUAAUAUUAAUCACAUUUUUUUGCUAUAUCGCAACUUUACGUGAAAUAAACAUUCAACAAAAAGCUGUUCGAAAACUUAAUACACAAUCAAAACUCAGUCGUGUAGAAAUAAUUGUUACGAGAAAAAUUACUGGCUAUAUUUUAAUUUUCCUUUUACAAUGGACUCCUUCAAUAUUUUAUGUUAUAGGCCAAAUUUUAGGUACUAUCAACUCUGAAACUUUUACCGAACAAAGUGAUGAAUGGAUUAAUAAUGGAAAUAUUUCACCAUCUAGAAUAAAAGUUCAUGAGGUUGUCACAAUCGAGACUAAAGAGAUUCUUUAA